AUGGUGAAGACGUGUUCAUGGGUCACAGAGAUAGGGACAAAUUUAUUUACAGAUGUUAAUUAUGUGUUACAAGUAAUAAUGCAAAAAUUAAACAAAAUCAUAUUUCUACUUUUUUUAUUCUGUAAUAAUCAUGUUACAAAUAGCAUGUUUCAAUCAGGAAAAGAAUAUGUAUAUUCAUAUGAUGCACUUUCAAGUUCUGGUGUAUUAUUACCAUCUGGUGCAUCAUCUUCAUGGGGUUUUAAUGGAAAACUUAGAAUUCAAGCAGAACAAAAUAUUGCUACUAUGCAGUUGGAGUCAUUGAAAAUGAUUAUAUGGAAUGGCAAAAUCGAUGAACAAGGAGAAAUUCAAGAUAUUCCUGAAGAUGUGGCUGAUCUUUUAAAACCAUUCCAAAUUACAUAUAAUAAUGGUCUUACUGAAAAUUUUAGUACAGAAGCAAUAUCGCCUUGGUCUGUAAAUAUAAAAAGAAGUAUAUCAGGAAUUUUACAAUUGGAUCUUUCCAACUUAGAAAAAGAAACAGCAUUUCAUUCAUCUGAGAAAAAUCAUUAUGGUCAAUGUAAUAUUGAAUAUGUUGCCAAUCCUGAACAAGAAAAUGAAUGGUUGAUAAGAAAAUUUUUUGAUCCCCGAACUUGUAUUGGACAUCCUUAUUAUACCUGGUCAAAUGUUCCUAACAUGUUAUGUCCUAAUGGUGAUCAAAAUCCAAUAUUAAAAUCCAGUGAAAGACUAUAUAAAAUUAAGGUAAAUGGAUCCUUAACUGAGAUUUUGUUUGUUAAUGCUUCUGGGGGUAUAUAUAUUCAACCCUUCCAAAGUUUUGGGGAAGCACAUUUUCACUUCACAAGACAAAUCUUUAAAUUAAUUUUGGUGAAAGAUACAGUAGAUAAAAUACCUAUUAAAGACUUACAUUUCAAAGGUCUACAACAUGAACUUCCAGAAGGUGAUCUUACUCAAGGUAGAAGAACUCCUGACAAAAAUUCUGUUUUUAUAUUUAUAGCAAGUUUAUUAGAUCGAUUAAGUCAAAGACUUGAGAAUCCUGGUUUGGAUACAGAGACUGAUAAUUUACAUAAUACAACAAUUACUGUAUUACUUUACUACCUUGGAAUGUUAGAUGUUGCUGAUUUGCGUAAUGCUUACACAAAAAUUUCAGGAACAAGUUACAAAGAAGAAACAAUACUGAAUAUAUUUCUUGAAGCUCUUCCACAAGUUGGCACUAAAGAUGCUGCAUUAUUCAUAUUAGAACUAAUUCAAGAUAAAAGAGUAUCGGAUAUGUAUGCAAUUCAACUUCUUACUCAGAUACCAUUUCAUAUACGAAAACCUGAUGUUCAGUUACUAGUAAAUUUGCAGACAUUUCUAAAUUUACCAGAGAAAGUUUCUAUUGAAGUUCAAAAUACUGCCAUUCUUGCAUAUGGCACGUUAAUUUAUAAAACCUGUUUUUUGUACUGCCCAUAUGAAAUGUUAGAUGAUUAUGUACGUUUAUAUCUUGAUAAAUUUACAGAGACGAAGGAAUACGAAAAAAAAAUGAUUUGGCUAGAAGGAUUAGCAAAUAUACAGUUAGGAAGAGUAGUUGAAUUCUUAGAACCUAUUGCAAGUGGCAAUAAUGCAGAAUCACGUCAUUUUCGUGUCCUUGCUGCAUGGGCAUCACUUUCAACUGCCCCAUUAAGACCUGAUGUUAUAUAUCCUGUCUAUUGGCCAAUUUUAAUAAAUAGAACAGAACACUUAGAAAUGAGAGUAGCAGCAUUGACACUACUUAUUGUUUCUAGUCCUACACCAAGUAGAUUAAUAUCAUUAUAUUGGUAUAUGCAAAGUGAACCCAGUCAACAUUUAUAUAAUUAUUUUUAUACUAUUUUAAAAUCUAUGGAACAUACAACCCAUCCUUGCUAUAUUCAUAUAGGUGUAAUAGCUGCUCAAUUUACACGAGUACUUCGUUCAACUGCAAAUCAGUAUAUAAUUACUGGUAACUAUUUAUUUGAUUAUCAAGAUACAUACAGAAAAUUUGGAGCUAUGAUACACGGUAUUGUUAUUGCUAAUCCUUUAACAAACAUACCUGAAGUUUUAUAUGUAACUGUAAACACUUAUGGAAGUAGAAUCAAUAUUAAUCAUGUAUCUUUAUAUAUUAAAGCUGAAGGUCUUCUACAUUCAUUAUCAACACAUCUAGAUGGUCCAACACAAAUAAAGGAUAUACUAAAGCAAUUUAAGUUAGACCAAAAGCAAAAUGGACCUGUUCAUUUAGAAGUGAUUGCUCGUAUUCAAGAAAAAACAGUUUUAUGUCUUCAUCUUAACGAAACAAGUAUUACUAAAGGAUUUAAAUAUCUUUCCUCUUUGCCUCAUAAUAUAUAUCAUAUAUAUCAAAACAUGGAGUUUCAUGUUAAUCACCAACGUAUUAAUGUGCCAUUAACUAUGGAAUCAGUACAAGUCACAGAUCUAGGAGCAAAUGUUAGGCUUGCAAUUAUUGCAACAUCAUUGUUCUUUAUGAGAGGAAAUUUUACAUAUGUUUCAAGUGGUCGUAAUAAUCAUGUUAUAUUACGUACAUCUAUUCAUAAAUCAGAAAUAAUUGAAAGUUAUAAUCCUUUAAUUGAUACAUGGCAUAGUGCAGAAAGAGCACACUCUAUUCAUGGAUAUCUUCCAAUUAAUAUUAUACUUGGAUUUGAAGAUCAUCCAUUCAUUUCAUAUGAUACACCAGGAGAACAUCUCAAAAUGGGUAUUACAGCACAUGUCAGAACAACAACUAAUAUAAAAGGAUUGAAUAUUAAAUUAAAAUUACAUCAUAUUUGUCCUACUUGUUCUCAAUUAUACAUAGUCACAAAAUCACCGUCAUAUAAACCAGUGACCACGGAUCUAUUUCAAAUUAAAUUAGCAGAAUUAGGAGGACAUAUGUACGUCAAACUUUUUGAUUGCGAAAAUGUAAUACCGCGAGAAAAAUUAGUUCGAGAUGUAUUUUCUUCACAUCGAGCUAAUUAUCCUAUUUGGCCAUUUAUGGAGUUUGCUUUAACAGCCCUUCAUUUCUUAGAUUACUGCACAUAUGUACCACCAAAAGGUAGUUGUGGUUUAGCUGCUUAUAUUAGUACAAUUGAUGCACAACGAACUCAAGUAAAAUUAGAAUAUGUUAAAAAUCCAAAUCAUCACAUGUUUUCCUCAUUGUUGUCUUUAACACAUCGCAAUAUAGAAUCAUCACAAAUUCUUCAACAGUGGAAUUUAGCAAUACUUUAUCAGAUUACCAGUUGGGUAUCUAAUAUGAUUAAAAUCAAAGCAACUAAAAUUGUACCAGGUCAAAAGGUUUUGAAGUUUUGUUUAGAAGUAGAAAAAGAAGAACCCUGGGAAUGGGAUUUCUUAAGCAUUAAACCAACUGAUUCUGCUAGGAUUGUAUUAAAUGCUGUUUGGGGAUACUCUGAUACAGCAAAAGGCAAAUGUAGUGGGUCUUCAAUUACAUUAAAUUUAGUUGGUGAAAUUAGUAAAGAUCAAUUAGAAAAUGCUAAAGAAUCACAAUGGCCUUAUGGAGAAUGUCGAAAACAAUCUAAAGAAAAACGUUUUACUCCAUUCUCUGAUGCUUGUUAUGAGGCUUCAAGAGAAUUAUCAACUUUAAGAAAAUAUCAAAUUAUUGCACAACAUGAAAGUAUACCAGAAAAUAUAAUAAGAUUAGUUUGGAAAUUUCGAGCCUUUUAUGAUAUUAUUGGUGGAAAUAGUAGUUCAGAUUCUAUUUCUAAGAAAUUUAUUGUGUCUGCAACAUUUCCAAAAGAAUCGGAUAUUGGAGAAUUAUCACUUAAUAAUGACAAAGUAGCGAUUGAAUAUAAUUAUAAUCUUAUAGAUUACUUUUUGACUAGAACUAGGAUUCAUAAAUACAUGGAUUUGACAAUAUUAAGGACUUUCUUUGGCACGUGUAUUGUAACACCAGACUAUAUAAGAUCAAUUCACAACAUCAAUUAUUCCUUUCACAAUAAACCUGAAGUUCUAUUGCUUGGUCAGUGUUAUAGUGAAAAUCCAAAGUAUGCAUUAACAGCACGAAAUGAUUUAUAUGGUGUGAAUAUUAAUAUAUAUGAUGAAAUAGAUACUGUACAAAUUAUACCUAAUCAAACUGGAGGAACAUUAUACAAUAAUACAGUAUAUAUUCCAUUACCACAAAGUUUUACAUUUCAUUCAUUAGGUUCAAAAAGAGUAAGAUUGGAUAGUAAUACUAUUGAUAUUAUAAUUCCUAAUCUUUAUUUAUAUAUGCAUUGGACACAAGAACAAAUUCUUUUAUUUUUUCCAACAUAUCUAUUAGAAUUUAGUUGUGGUGUAUGUGCACUACGCACUCUCGAGACAAGUAAUUUGUAUGAGAAACUAUAA